AAGCCACGAGCUAUAACCAUUUAUUAAUGACGUUACAUGUAUUUAAAUAAUGAUGUAUUAUUAUUAAGAUUUAUUAAUAAAUAACAACAAAAUGGUUUUGUCAUUUUGUGUCAAGAGAUUUAUAUUAUCAAAAAGUAAUAUUCUUAAAAUACCAAAACGUAAUGGAUAUAUAGUACUUCUUCCAGAAAUAGGAGAAGAAUGUGUACAACAAAAUUUAUUGAAAGAAAAUAAAACGCCAGAAUUCAAUAAUAUUACUAUUGAAAAAUGUAUAGCAGCAAUUCAAAAACAAGUUGUUGAAUGUGACAAUAAAAUUCAAAAAAUAGAAAAAGAAAUACAAGAUAACAAAGAUGUGAACGUAUUCAACGACAUUUUAUUACCUUUAGAAGAAACCUACGUUCCAUUAGGAAUAACAUUUGGUAUAGCACAAACAUUGUAUUAUGGAAAUCAAACCUUGAUACCAACUAAAUCUUUCACCAAUAUCAAUCUACGUACCAUGAAAGCUAUGGAGAAUAAAUUUAGUAGUUUACCAAUUUAUGAAGCUUGUAAACGUAUUAAAGAUAAUGAAAAUAUUCAAUUAACGAGUCAACAAGAAAGAAUAUUAGAUAAAUAUAUAAUUGAAGGAAAAUUGAAUGGAUUAGAAUUUUCUGAAAAGAAACGUGAAUGGUUGAAAAAUUGUUAUAAUAUAUUGUAUCAACAAGAAAUGGAAUUUACUAAAAGAUAUGAGGGUGCAACGAAAAAAUAUGUUCAUGUUAUGAAAGAUGAAAAUGACGUGAAAGAUUUUUCCAAUGAAUUAUUAGAAGCUACUGCAGCAAAUCCUGCAGAACCUCACGUAGGUCCAUGGACUAUUACUGCCGAGCCACACAUUCUUAAAUUAUUCUUAGAAUGUUGUUCUAGUCGAACGUUACGUUGGAAAUUGUGGCGAAUAAAUGCUACGUUAUUAUCACCUUUGGAUGAUAAAAUAUUUCAUACAGGACACAUAUUAAAAGAAAUUUAUUCUAUGCGUAAACAACAAGCAGCUUUGUUCAAAUAUAAAUCCUAUAGUCAUAUGAAUAUGAUAACAAAAAUGAAUAAUAAUUUGGAUGAAGUAUAUAAUACAUUUGACAUUUUAUUAGACAGUGCUCGUAAUGCUCAGAUACUUGAGUUAGAAACAUUGAAUAAAUUUGCAAAGGAAAAAGGUUUGACCGAUUCUCUCAAGCCAUGGGAUAUCUUAUAUUGGAAUAAACAAUUUCAAGAUAGUCUUUACGAAUUUAAAAAAGAAUCAUUGAAGGAUUACUUUCCACUGCCAAAGGUAUUAAAUGGAUUAUUUGAUUUGCUUAAAGUAAAUUUUGCUUUAGAAGUUGUGGAAAAUAAAAAUGUAGAUAUUUGGCACAAAGACGUUUCCUUCUAUGAUAUAUUUAAUACAAAUAUAUCAAGUACAGAACCAAUAGCAAGUUUUUAUUUAGAUCCCUAUGUAAGGGGUGAUGAAAAAUCUACUAAUCAAAAUCUUGGAUAUGUUAUUGUUAUAAAAAGUAGAAGUAAAUGUUUGGACACAAAACCAAUGUGUUCUUUAAUAUUUAAUUUCCAACGUCCAAAGGAUGGAAAACCUUCGUUACUUUCACUUGAAAAUGUGCGAGUAUUAUUUCAAAAGUUUGGUCAUGCAUUACAUCAUAUGACAUCUACAACCGAUUAUGCAGAUAUUUCUGGAUUAUCUUAUGUAGAAUGGGAUAUAGCUUACAUUUAUGAUUUCUUUCUUGAAAAUUGGUUAUAUGAACCAUCAACUUUACAAAUGAUUUCUGAACAUCAUGAAACAAAAGAUACUUUACCAGUAGAAGCAAUUGAAGUUAUCCAAAAUUCGAGAUUACAAUUAGCAGGAUAUAAUUUAUGUACAGAACUUUUUUUUGCACGAUUUGACUUGGAAGUAUAUUCAAGUACUGAUUCGUGGAGAGAAAUAAUGGAACGUCUAUGGAAAGAACACUUCAUAAUACCAAUGGAAAUAAAUGAUCCAUAUAUUUAUUCUUUUAGACCCAUGUUUUCUACGUGUUUAAGUACAAGUUAUUAUUCUCGUCUUUGGUCACAAAUGAUUGCAGCAGAUAUAUAUAGAGCAUUUCAAGAAAUACCAAUUGAAGAUAAAAUUAAUUACGAAGAAGUUUGUAAAAGAUUUCAGGAUACAUUUUUAUCUUUGAACAGUACUUGUUCAAUCAGUGAAAUUUUUAGAAGAUUUAGAGGAAGAGAUCCAAAUCCUAGAGCACUUUUGAAAAAUCUAAAAUUAUAUAAAACUGAGUAAUAAAAUGUUAUAAAAAGUUGACAUAACAUUUUCAUGAAUAAAUUUUAAGAUUUUCCACAUACCAAUUAUAUUGUAAAUAAAUAUCAUUAUACAUAAUUCCUCCAAAAAAAUAAAAAUUAAGGUAACAUAAUUUAUGGCAUAUCUUAUAAUACACAAGA